AUGGUUGUAUUUACAUGUGGCCACUGUGGAGAAUCUGUGCAGAAACCUAAAGUUGAAAAGCAUUAUCUUACAAAAUGUAGAAAUAGAAAUCCAAAUUUAUCUUGCAUGGAUUGUUUUAAAGAUUUUCUCGGUAAUGAUUAUGAGUCUCACAUUAAAUGUAUUACUGAAGAACAACGUUAUUCAGCUAAAGGAUUUCAAGCUAAAGAAAAAAAGGGAGAGAAGAAGCAAAAUGCUUGGGUUGAAAUGUUGCAGUCUGUACUAGAUGAACAGAAAAAUGCAUCUAAAAAUGUCUUAAGAAUCAUUGAAACAAUCAGUAAACAUAAUAACACACCUAGGAAGAAGCCAAAAUUCAUCAACUUUGUUAAAAAUGUUUGUGGUAACAAAACAAAUCCUAAAGACAUUGAUGCAGCAUGGGAUCUGAUUUCAGUAAAACUUACGGCUCUAUCUAUUGCUAACCAAGAGAAUAGAAAUCAAAAUAAGGAUGAAAAAUCAAGUUCAGAUACAAAAGAAAUUAAUUCUGAAAUAAAUGGUACAACAAAUCAUAAUGAUAUUAGUCCAUCACAGGAAAACACUAAUAAUCAUGAAGAACCUGUGGAACCAGUUAAUGGUCAGCCCAAAGAAGAAAUUAAACUAUCGAAGAAGCAGAAAAAAGAAGAGAAAAAACGCAGAAAAUAUGAAGCUGAAUUAUUGAGUGCUGAAACACCAUCUACUGAAGUUAUAGAAGAAGUUGAAUCUAAGAAAAAAGGUAAAAAAGGUAAAAAUAAAGAAAAUAUCAAUGAUGAUGAUAUUACAAACGAGGCUAAAAACAAGAAAAAACGUAAACGCCAAGACACAAUACCAACAAUUGAAGUGGUGGAAAAUGGUGUUGUUAACAAGGAGAGUAAGAAGAAAUUAAAGACAGAUGAAGAGGAAGACGAAAGCAUUUGUUUACAUGAUCAGAAUGUAGCCAAAAGUGAAGAAGUUGAAGAGAAAAAAGACAAAUUUAACUGGCAUGACGUCAUAAUGUCGGUGUUAAAAAAGAAAGACAAUGAAAUGCAAUUCAAACGUCUUCAAAAGAAGGUGCUUGGAGAAUAUUCCGAAUUCUUUGGAUGUGAGGUUGAUGAUAGAAUUGCUGAUAAAUUCAUUAAGAAAUUAAAGAGUGCUCCAAACGUAAGAGUUGACAAAAAUAGAGUUACGUUGAUUGAGGAGUAA